AUUUCAUUAGUGAGAUUUUUUGUAAGUGUUCCACCGAUUUUGAGUAAGAAGAGAACGGAUCUCAGGCCUAAGAGUGAUAACUCAGAUUUGAGAACUUCUCUUCUCAACACCAAACGCUACAGAGGAGUCCACCAGAGACGAUCGUCGAUCGACAAAGCUGCAAUUUUUCCCACUGCCCAGGCGCCCAGCCCCUUUGGCCCUAACUCGACAACUCCCUAAGCCCUUUCCUCCGUUCUCACCUUCUGAUAUUUGGGGUAUGAAAGUAAAAGCAUCGGCAGUUGAACGUUCUCUUCUUGGCUCUGCUGUUUGCUAUCAAAAGAGUUGUCCCUAUAGCUCAAUCCAGAAUCCUUCUAAACUAUCACACCUCCUGUACAAACUCAGGUUUGUUCCGUCUCAUCAUUUGCGCAUGUCUUUUGCCACCAUAAUCCCAAACCAACUCUUUUGCAAGCCACUUCUGAAAGUUGUUGGCUUCCAAACCUCAAGUGCUGCCUUUGGAAAGCUUGUUUUUGUCAAGCCUAUUGCUUUUAAUAAAGUUCCAACAAGACCAAUUUCCUCAAUGGCACCCACAUCUUCAUUGCAAUCAUCUUCCGGAUCUUUGCAAGCCAUUGAAGACUUGCCCCUAAAGCUUCAAGAGAUAGUCAGGCUUUUCCAAGAAGUAGAGCAGCCCAAGGCCAAGUACGAACAACUUUUGUUUUACGGGAAGAAUUUGAAACCUUUGGAUGCUCAGUACAAGACUGCUGAGAAUAAGGUUCAGGGGUGUGUUUCACAGGUCUGGAUCAGGGCAUUCCUUGAUGAAAAUAAAAAUGUCAUCUUUGAGGCUGAUUCUGACUCCGUGCUAACUAAGGGCCUUGCAGCAUUGCUGGUUCAAGGACUUUCUGGAUGCUCUGUUGAUGAGAUUGUGAGGGUAUCACCUGAUUUUGCAGUACUUCUUGGACUGCAACAAAGUUUAACACCGUCUAGGAACAAUGGGUUAUUAAACAUGCUGAAGUUGAUGCAGAAGAAGGCUCAAAUAUGUGUGGAAUCUGAAAAUAAGGGAAGUUCAAGCCACGAUGAGGGUGCCAGUAAGCCAGCUGAGAACUUGAAUUUGGGAGUGAGUGAUUAUGGGAAUGUGGAUGCGAAGACUGGAGUCAAUUCUGAAGAGACUGGUGGCAGUGAUGACAAAGAAGUAUCACGUGAUAGUGUUGUUUUGGGAAGUCGGGGGAUCAGAAUAAGGGAUACACUGGAGAUGGAGCUUAGCCCUUGUGAUUUGCACGUCGAAGAUGUAUCAUAUCAGCAUGCUGGCCAUGCUGGAAUUAGGGGAAGAACCCAUGGAGAGACACACUUUAAUGUCAGAGUGAUUUCUGAGAAGUUUGAGGGGAAGAGUUUGAUUAAGAGGCAUAGAUUGAUUUAUGAUUUGUUGCAGGAGGAGAUGAAGGGUGGACUUCAUGCACUGUCCAUCACUGCUAAGACACCAUCUGAAGUAAAUAGUAAGUGAGGUCUCAGCCUGAAAAUGGUCUUAUGUUUCCUUCUCAUUUACGAUGUUAUUGAAAUGAGUUAAUGUCAGUACCCACUGUUGUUGGUUUUCUUUCUGCUUCCCUUUAGGACUAUAUAAAGCAUAAUGAAUUUCCAAAUUGUGUCCAUUGUGUAAAAAACCACUGAGAACUAGGUUUCUGAUAUGCCUUGUUCACCUUGGAAGAUUUCUAUUUUUUUUUUGUUUGGGAAAUAAAACAAAUGAAAGCUAUGGAAUAUAUCUUGGGAAAAGGUCCGAAAAUGAUACUAAGGCUUUUAAUGAAGUUCGGAUUGGACACUAAAGUUUUAAGAAGACCAAAUAAACCCAAAUUUAAACUUUUUGAAUCCAUGUAAGUCACCCUUAACUGCUCCAUUAUUUUGUUCCGAUUGAUGCCGCUAGAAAGCAGCGCCGGAAGAGAUUAGCUAUGGACUUCGCCUCGCUUGCUCCCAUUCCUCCCAACAGAAAUCAGAACCGGUCGAUUCAGCUCUUCUUCUCCCUAGUGCAGCUAACGGCACACAUCUUCUGCGGUGAACAGAAACACCGGCUCACUACUUCAAAUCAAAUCAGCAGCAAAAAUGAUAGAUCGAGCUCCUUCUUCUUGGGCACAUGGGUAACAGGAGAUCAGAAAUCGAUGGCUACCUUCCUUGAAACCUCUGCUCGCUGCUCAACAAAGCAAAACUGGCCAGAGAAAAUCGAUAUCAAGUUCAGCAUCCAAUGGAAUCAGCAACGCCUCAGCCUUUGAUACUGAACCAGCGAACGAGCAGCUCCAGCAAAUGGCACCAGCAACAAAAAGUCAGCACCAGCAUCUUCUCCCACGCCGUUUCCGACAGGCGACAGGACCAGUGAUGUACAGCUUCGGAAGCAGCUCACUGAUCAGCUUUAUCCUCUGGCGAACGAGCACCGGCAACGGAGACUCCUGAAUUUCAACCGCAUAUUUCUUUCUCUCCAACAAACGGCACAAUCAGUCCGGCAAAGAAACAGGGACAACGGCCCACUAUUCUUCACAAUGAACCGGUAGCCUUGGGAUCUGACGCAGCAAACGAACAUCAACACCCGCCGAUAACACCAACAUCUCUCUGCGCUCAUCACCGGAAGAAAAUUGCCGCAGACCAUCGUCAGAAAUUGAUCUCAACAGCAGCCCUAUGAUUCUUCAUCCUCCGGCAAACAGAAGGCUACCGUAGACCCCCUCCUUAAUUUGGUCCUAGUUCGCCGUUCGAACGUACAGAAGGCUUCCAAUUCUCUACACAAACUUAGUUUUCAUAGAUUGGGGCUGUGUUGUUUAACGAUAGAGAAGCGUCAUCUAACGGGGAUGUUAAAGGGUGGCUGAAAUGGAUUCAAAAAGUUUAAAUUUGUGUUUAUUUGGUCUACUUAAAACUUUAGGCUCCAAUCCGAACUUCAUUAAAACCGUCAGUGUCAUUUUUGGACCUUUUCCCAUAUAUCUUCUAUAAGGAUGCCAGCUGGAGUUUUGUUAGUUUCUUGCUUUACUUUGUCUACGUUUGGGUAACUUACUUUAGUUUGCUCAACCCUGCUUCUCUUUUGUAACACCAUUUUCUCUCACUGUUCAUCAACUAGUUUUCCUUACCCUAAAAAACCAUUCUG